GAGGUAGAGGUGCCCUGCGCCAUGGCUGAUGCCAUCACCUACGCAGACCUGCGCUUUGUGAAGGGGCCUUUGAAGAGCAGCUUGUCUAACCACAUGGGACAGGAUGGUGAGGCCUAUGAGGAUGGGGAACUCACCUAUGAAAAUGUGCAAGUGUCCUCAAUCCCAGGGGUGCCAUCAGGCUUGGCUUUCCCUGCAUUAGUGGACAAAGCAGGGGUCAAGUCAGAGCAGCCAAACACUGCGUCCUGGAGCUCUUCGAAGCCGUCUGCCGUGGGGUGGAUUCCCCCGUGUCCCACAGUCUGCUUGCAAUACUUCUUGCUUGGCCUUCUCCUGGCCUGCCUGAUGUUAGGGAUGGCUGUCAUCUGCCUGGGAGUUCGCUAUCUGCAGGUGUCUCAGCAAUUCCGGCAGGUGACCAGGAUUUUGGAAGCCACCAACAGCAGCUUGCAGCAGCAGCUCAGGGAGAAGACGGUACAGCUAGGACAGAAGGAGGUGGAUCUUCAGGAGUCUCAGAGAGAGCUGACCUUGAGUCAGGACACGUUACAGGAGAAGCAGAAGAUUCAUGAGAACACUGAGCAGCAGCUACAGGCCUGCCAGUCGGAGGGAAAGAGUACCAGGGAGAACUUGGAGAGAGAGGAGCGGAAGAGGCAGGAACAGAGCCAGAGGUGGAGAAACAUGCAGGACAAGCUGAGGUCCUUCCUCUCCUGUCCAGACUCCUGCUGUCCACUGGGGUGGAUACAACAGGAGAGAAGAUGCUUUUACAUCUCACAUACUCCCAGAAGUUGGGAGGAGAGCCAAAAACACUGCACAUCUCUGUCCUCCACACUGGCUGUAUUCACACUAACUUCUGAAUAUUAUUAUCAGGUUCUUCUGCCCGAUGGCUUAGAGGAUUUGCUAAAUGUUUCAAUGUCAUAUUGGGUCCAGCUGACAAACAAGCAUGAAGGUGUACAAAGUAUGAAGACAUGGAGGUCUGGACCCAAUUCUCCAAGCAAAAAUUGUAACAGGAUAGCAUACCCUACAUGGAUUAGGGCAUGGAGAAGACAACCAAAAACGUGUACUGAGCUUUAUCCCUGCAUUUGUGAGCUGGAGGCUUUCAGGUUUCCUGACAUCUCCACUGAAAUGGACACGUGAACAAGGGAUUGUGACCUACAUCCUUAACCUACCGCCUGCCAAUUCUUCACACUGCUAUUGCUCCAGCUACCCUCAC